AUGGUUGCCGCAACUUCGGCUUUUCCAGAUGCUUCUGGAAUAGUUGUUGUUGAAGUUGGAAACGAUACAAUCCGUACAUACGAGACGGUAGAAGGUAUCAACUCCUUCAUUGCCACUGGAACUGCAGUGUAUGGCUCACUUACCAACACAAGCCUCAAUGCAAUUGCCGACUCCAACAUCUUCACAUUUAGUGGACAGAACACUUGCCAGUACUCUCUGUCCUACAACCAUUUGGCCGCUAGCAUUGGAGGUGGUGUUAUCAACUUUAACGCCACAAGCUUCGAUGCCGUCUACAUGCCCUCGCUUCUCGUCGAGUACGUCGAGACCAAUGGACAGGAUGGAUUCCAGAAUGGAUCCGACUCAUUGGUUGGCUGGGUUCGUCUGGACAAGUUGGUCGACACAAACAACCCCAACUGGAAGAUCAACACCUCUGCUUCUGAGCCACUGAGCACCCAGGCCAACGGCGAGAAGUUCCCCUUCGACGUUACAUUCGCCGAGGCCAUCUCGCCCCGUGGCCUCAUCACAUUCCACUUUGCCAUCCCAGGCGCCCCAGUGAUCUUUAACAACGUGCCACUCACUGCUGAGCAAUCCAAGAUCGACAUCCUUAUCAAUGGUUACUACGACGAGGAUGUCAACAAGGCCUCGGCUGGCUGCACUGCCGCCUCCUUGCCAUACUCCUGUGCCUCAACCGGUGCAUCCAGACAGCCAACUUCUCGUCUGGCCCUCGUGUCCUACGUGGCCACUCUCCAGGCUCAAGCCGACUUGAACAUCGAUGGUUCCACCUCUUUGAGGAGCAGCGGUGGCGAGAUUGAUGCCUCGCUCACCUGGGUCGACAAUGUCCUGAUCAACGGCACAAUCACUGCCAAGGUGCACACUCAGGUCACCGACAUCACUGCCAAGCCAUCAAAGGCAUUCAACAACUACUCGAUCAACAUUGGAUUCAAUGCAUUUGCUUCGCUCAACACCCAAAUGCUCGUCCAAUCAUUCGAUGCAAUCAGACCCAACUUGGUCUACUGGGAUCCAACAUUCGGUGGAGAAUCUGCCAAAGCCAGCAGUGGAUCUUACCUCUUGCCAUCCAUCUCUCUCCUCCUCGUCACUCUGUUUGCAAUUAUGUUCUAA